CCUUUCUUUCUGCACACAGAUAAGUGGCUGUUAUUACAUUCAUGCUCCUUUCUCCAAUUCGGGACUUUCUUUUCAUGUAGAAAGCACUAAAGCAGGACCCCUGCUCUGCCAUUAUUUCACGACAAGGACCAGUAAAGUGACAAGUAGAGACACAAAAGGCAGAGGAAACUUGGUUCUUGAGCUGACACAUGGAGGUAAUUAUGUUGCUUGCAUUCCACUCGCUGUGAUGCUUCCCCCAUGGAGGGCUGUCUACCAUUCCUGUAAAGAACCAAUGCACCACUGCACCGUGCCUCCAACUCUGCCCCAACUCAGCAGCCCACAAAUUCCUUUGGACUUAUGAACAAAGAUGAAAAUACUGCUUUGCUCCUUCCUGGGUCUCUGCUGUAUUGUUGGAACAUUUGCUCAAUCGGUGAUCAGUGGCACAUCCGAGGAUAAUGUGACGCUGCCUUGCAAGCACAGGCUGGGGCCGUUGGGAAGAAAUCUGGACAUUGAGUGGCUGUCAAAUGAUUCAAAUCAUGGGCAAAAAGUGAUCCUCAGCUACAGUGGAGGUCAAGUCUAUGAACAUGAAGAACUCAAAGGCCGGUAUAGCUUUUAUUUAGACUUCUUAUCUGGAGACGCUGACAUAUUUAUCAGGUCAUUGAUGCCUAGUGAUGCUGGACUGUAUACAUGCAAAGUGAAAAAUGCUGGCCAGUAUGAAUGGAGUUACAUCACCUUAAAAGUAUUAGUGAAGCCAUCGGAGCCUAGUUGUUGGAUAGAAGGAGAAAAAAUAGUGGGCAGGAAUGUCACGCUGCACUGCAGGUCAACAGCUGGUUCAGAGCCCAUGAAAUACCAUUGGCAGCGUCUAAAGCGCCAGGAAUACUCACCUACAUUGCACGUAUACGCUCAGAAACUGUUAAUGCAAAACGUCAGUAAAGCAGACAAUGGCUCGUACCGCUGUACUGUAUCAAAUGACGCUGGGAAACGGAUAUGUGACUUACACCUGGCAGUAGAGACUCCAAGCAAUGUGGCAUUCCUGGCAGGGGUCACUUGUGGCUCUGUAGGUGGGGUGUUACUUCUACUUCUUAUCUGCUGGUACUUGUUUCGAAAGAGAGAGCUCAAGAAACGGGAAGAAGAUGAGUUCCUAAACGAAAUUAAGGAGGAUGCGGAAGCACCUAAAGCUCGUCUAAUGAAACCUGGAUCAUCUUCCUCAGGCUCCAGAAGCUCUCGCUCAGGUUCUUCCUCUACUCGAUCUACAACCAACAGUGCCUCUCGUAGCCAACGAACACUCUCAACACAGGAAGCUUCUCAUGGGAACUCAAGGCAUCACUGCCUGGAGCAGAUAUAAGGGAAAUAGAAGCAGAGCCAAGUUAUUUAAGAUCUUAAAGAAUGUAUGAGUCCUUUGUGCCACCAGGUUAAAAACACUGGCCCCAUUCCAGGACAAGCUUUGCCAAGUGGUGACGUUCACGUAAAAAUCUUGACAGACGUAUUUGGUUUAUUCACCAGUAGAGGAUUUGCACCUAAACGCCAUCAAAACAGGAAAGUGAUCUGAAGACACUUAAGAUUUUUAAUCAAAGAGGUAAAAUAAAUUAUAUGAAGAAACUGAACUACAUAUAUGAAAAGAGAAUGUGUAUACCGGUUCUACAAAGUGUAAAGGCUUCAUGACAUAGACACUUCCAGGAAUGAAGAUGUUACAUUUAUUACUAUGGACUAUGUAGCAAUGUGAAUUGUUUUUGUAAGGGAACACUUCCAAAUACGUUGAAGGUACGAAAUAAUGUUUGACAAAACAGUUGUUCUAUGAGGGAGAUAUUUUUUGAUAUCGUUAUUGUUUUGACAGUGUGAAAUUCAAUGUUCUGUAAAGCAUAAACUCGUGUAAUACGGAUUUAUGUACACCUUCGCAACCUUCUUUUUAAUUGUGCAAAUGCAUGUGAAAUGCAAAAAGAAACAGCUUUGCAAUAGGUCUUGAUUUAAAAUGUCCAAUCGUUGUCUUCAUAUGGCUCCUAGGCAAAUCCCAUACAAUUCCCGUAUAGUCUGAUCCUGCAGUCAUAAGUUCUUCCCUCUGAUUCAGGCAUGUCCAAACUGCGGCCCUCCAGCUGUUGCAAAACUACAACUCCCAGCAUGCCUGAAUAGCUUACAGCUAUUAGGGCAUGCUAGUUUUGCAACGGCUGGAGGGCCGCAGUUUGGACAUGCCUGCUCUGAUUCCUUCUCCUUGGUAACCUAUUGAAUGUAUGUUAGCAUAAAGCUGGGAACAGGUGGGAGAAAGUAUAAAUGCAGGGAGAUACACACGAUUGCAUAAAAAAUAUAAACCCAAAGCAUACAAAAAUAAAUAAAUCAAUAUACAUAAUUGUUUGCUGAGGCUAAAGGCAAUAGGGGAUAAUUAAUCAAGAAUUAACGUACAGUUACUUCCUUUUCACUUUAGAUGCACUGGGACAAUUUUUUAUAAAAAUAUGUGGUUGUGAAGGUGGACAUAAUCUUUGAAUGGAUUAGCCAGGAUUUUCAUUUUGCUCCCCCCAUCCAGUACGAGUGAAAAAAAAAAAACUAUACACCUACUCCAUAGCUCAAGUCUUUAAUGGACUUCUGGUCCCCGUCUUUCAA